GCUUGUAUAUUAGCUGCAUGAGGUGACUGAAUGGGGAUCUCUGUCGGCUGCAAUCGGGGUGUUUAUUGACAAUCGAAAGUAACUGAGGUUGAAGAGAUAGUUUGCACAGACGGCCUGAUAACAUGGAGUGGAAACCGAUGGAGAUCAACCCCGAGAUGCUGAAUACAGUGCUGAGUAAACUGGGCGUGGGGUCGAAAUGGCGAUUCGUGGACGUACUCGGUCUAGAGGACGAGCUUUUGUCCUCGGUGCCGUCGCCGGCUUGUGCUGUGAUGCUGCUCUUCCCAUUGACUCAACAGCAUGAAGCUUUUCGAGGGAAGCAGGCGGUAGCCCCGGCCUGUAAUGAUGUGUAUUUCCUGAAGCAAACUGUGGUGAACUCCUGUGGCACAGUUGGUUUACUGCAUGCCGUUGCCAACAACCAGGAUCAAAUGGACUUUGACAGUGGCUCUGCCUUAAAGAAGUUUCUGGAAGCCACAGCCAGUAUGUCUGCUGCAGACCGAGCCAAAGAGCUUGAGAAGAACAAGGAUAUCCAGGCAACCCAUGAUGAGGUGGCAGCAGAGGGACAGUGCAGGGUGGAGGAAGGCAAUGUGAAUUUCCAUUUCAUCACUUUUGUCAAUGUGAAUGGCCAACUCUAUGAGCUGGAUGGUAGAAUGGAGGGACCAGUGACCCACGGUGCGACCAAAGAUGGCUCCUUCAUCAUGGAUGCAGCAAAAGUGUGCCGCCAGUUUGUGGAGAGAGAAAAGGACGAGGUGCGCUUCUCUGCCGUGGCCCUGUGCAAGGCCUGAGUGAAGUCGUUGAGAGAGAAGAGAGAAAAAACCUCACCAAAAAAAAUCACUCGAUCACUAGAGCACACGCUGCAUUGUGCUGCCCAGCACUUAUAUCCAAGCUUUUCUGAGAUUCCUCCGUUAAUGUCAAUAUGCUGUUCUGGUGUUUGUCUUGAUCACUGUGGUCCAACUCUGAAGGCCUUGGUCUCUUGUUUUUAUAUCACUCUUCAAGCUGUCUUAGUAAGGGGAGAGACUGAAGUAUUGCAAUGCACAAGCGCUUGUAAGGGCAGUUGUUAAAGGGUUGUGAAUUUAACAAAUUGACUGUGGUUGUUAUAGCAUUGAACUGCCAACUUAUCAGUGAUGGCCUUAGAUCAAAAAAGACUGUGUUAUUUCAGUUAGUUUGCACUUUUCUUUAUAGUGAAACAGUUAGGCUUCUAGACUGUUUUAUGUUUCCUUGCACUGAAAUGUCUGCCUGGAAGAUGUGAAUUAUUGAUAUGCUUUGGGGUGGUUGAGACUGUCAGUAUGUAACUGGCAGAGCUGAGCUUGGUGAAAACUCUAUCUCACUGCUAUUAAAGCUCUAAGUACUAAGUAA